AGUAAGCUAAAGAGUCUUUAUAUAAAGCAUCCAUAUGGUAGUAAUAUGCAUGCUCCAAAUUAAGCUACUUUCUCCCUUCAUAAUGCCUAUCUUCUCUUCAUCUUCAAGAACUACUGCCAUGCUUCUUCUGAUUCUCUUUAUAGCAAGCCUUGCUAUAACAGAUGCCCAGAUAGGUGCUUGCUAUGGCAUGCUAGGCAACAACCUUCCACCUGCUUCAGAAGUCAUAUCUCUCUAUAAGAGAUCUAACAUCAGGAGAAUGAGACUUUAUGAUCCAAAUCGUGCAGCAUUGGAAGCCCUUAGAGGCUCAAACAUUGAACUCAUUCUAGGUGUUCCAAACCCAGAUCUCCAAAACCUUGCCAACCCUUCCAAUGCAAACUCAUGGGUUCAAAGAAAUGUUCGAGAAUUCUGGCCAAGUGUCAGGUUCAAAUAUAUAGCAGUUGGCAAUGAAAUUAGUCCUGUGAAUGGAGGCACAGCUUGGAUGGCUCAAUAUGUUCUGCCUGCCAUGAGAAAUAUAUAUGAAGCUAUACGAUCAGCUGGUCUUCAGGAUCAAAUCAAGGUCUCUACUGCAAUUGACAUGACCCUGGUAGGAAAUUCUUAUCCUCCUUCUGCAGGUGCUUUUAGGGGUGAUGUUAGAUCAUACUUGGACCCAAUUAUUGGAUUCCUGAAUUCUGUCAGAUCACCUUUACUUGCUAAUAUUUACCCUUACUUUAGUUAUGCUAAUAACCCAAGGGAUAUUUCUCUUGCCUAUGCUUUGUUCACUUCACCAUCAGUAGUUGUAUGGGAUGGUCAGCGAGGUUAUAGGAACCUUUUUGAUGCACUGCUAGAUGCAUUGUACUCUUCUCUUGAGAGGGCUGGUGGCGGUUCUGUGGCGGUGGUGGUGUCGGAAAGUGGCUGGCCCUCUGCCGGAGGGUUUGCAGCCACAUAUGAUAAUGCGCGUACUUAUCUCUCCAAUUUGAUCAACCAUGUUAAAGGAGGUACUCCUAAGAGGCCUGGCAGAGCUACAGAGACUUACAUAUUUGCAAUGUUUGAUGAAAAUCAAAAGCAACCGGAGCUUGAGAAACACUUUGGACUUUUCUAUCCUAACAAACAGCCAAAAUAUAAUAUCCCUUUUGGUGCAGAAAGGAAAUGGGAUAUUUCUGCUGAAUAUAAUGCAACAGUUCUUAUGCUUAAGAGUGAUGUAUAAGAUACUAUGCGUAUUUGUGUGUGGAAAGAUGUAAUUAAAUAAGAGAAACUUUCUCAAUGUUGUUAUGAAUAUUAUCAAUGAAAUUUAGCAAAACAAAUUCUAAGGGAUUA